AUGCUUCCAUGUUACGGUGGGACUUCUUCAAGCAGCAGUAAAGUUGAUGAAGGCCCAAGUCCGUACGUAGGACAGAUAGACUUGGAGAAUGGGCUGCCAAACCCAGACGAGGAGCAGAGGCUCAAGAGAAAACUACAGUCCAGGAUACAGGAUCGCAAAGGCCUUGCCAGUGAUGAGGCACAAGUAAACGACAGCCAAGCUGAAGCGUCUGAAGUCGAUAUCUCGUCCAAACCUAAAAUCAAGAGGCGUUCACGAUCCCCGAAGGCACCUCCUGGGGGCUGUUACCGCAUACCAGAGAAGGGGCAGCUCCAAAUAGUCAUAAAAAACCAGAACAAGACCGCAGUCAAGCUCUUCCUCGUGCCAUAUGACCUCACAGGAAUGGAACCUGGCACAAAAACCUUCAUCCGCCAGCGGAGCUACUCCGCUGGUCCUAUCCUCGACCCAGACAUGCCCGAGAGCGCCAAAAACGCAGCGACGGCGGCGGCCGUGGAGCGUCCAACCCUCCGUUACCUUAUCCACUUACACAUAUGCUGCACCUCCAGGGGCCGAUUUUACCUCUACAAGUCCAUACGUGUCGUAUUUGCCAACCGUGUGCCCGAUGGCAAGGAGAAGCUACGUAAUGAGCUCACUUACCCAGAUCCGCGGUUUACCCCUUACAAGCCCAUGCGGGUGAUGCACCCUCCUUCGAACAUGGCCUCCAGUAACCAGAUUCACGACAAUUCAUCGUUUGGGUCAGAACAAACCCUACGUCACCACAGCGUCGGCAAUCUACAUACAACAUUAGUCCAUCCCGCGCUACACCGUCAUCCCCUUCACAAUCAUCUCCACCAUCACCAUCACCACGUGCAUCAUCAGCAGCGGGAACAGAAACAAGACCAAGAUAGCCCAUCCCUAACAAGUCUAAGUUCGGGGGAAGGCUCUUUCCCAAUCAUGGACCCCUUUGUUCGAACUACAACCGCCAUCAAACCCUCCAACAGCGGCGGCAAUGUCAUGGGGAACGAAGGUCUUCUUUCUCAGCAACUACGCGAGUUCAGCGCAUUGCGACAGCAGCAGCAGCAGCAGCAGCAGCAACAGCAACAGCAACACCACGGAGAACAACAGCAGUCGAACUCACCAUCAUUGCGAUAA